AUGUCAGGUCAAUCGCGUCGGCGUGGGCCGGUAGGAGGCCUUCUUGGUCUCGUUGGGCAAGGCGUCGGUAUGGCAGCGGAAUACCGCGAGCAUCGCAAACAACAGAACCAAGCUCGGAGUGCUUCACAACAACAACAACAACAAGAAGAAGAGUUUUGUGGGGAGCCUUCAGACAGGCAUCGAACUACGCAUCCAGUGCAAGAUGAUCCGCCCGCUUACAAUGACAUCGCUGGUCCGUCCGAGCGAUCACUCGAAGCUGGGCAGCCAGCGUCGGCCGAGAAGAGCGGCAACCGUGAGCUUAGAGACGAGGACCUUACAGAUGAUGACAGUGACUCUCUCGAUACCGCGUCGAUCGAAGAGGACGAGGAAGACUGGGAGCUCGACGACUUUCAGGACCCAAUAGACAGCCAGGGACUUCCCAGCUACGAACAAUCGGAAGCCUUGCAGGAGAAUGAGACCGUCGAUGAUCUUGUUCGUGAGGUGAUGGCUUCAACAAAGCGUUCGAAAGCGUCCUCCGAUGAGAUUACAGCCUCCGACCGACCCUUGCCGUGCCCUGUCAUCAUCCCCCAGAGGCGCCCUCGCACCAAGGCUCGAGGCUUCGUACGUGCUUACUCUCCAGUAUUGGAAAACUGUGGAAUUGACCAGGCUACCUUCAUGAAAUUCCUCAAAAACUUCCACAAAUCUUCCCAGCAAUCGCCAAUCUUCCCGGCUCUGGCCAUCUCGGCGAGGAUCGCUGGUUUGGCUCCGUCCGUGAUCGCUACGGCCGUGUGUGCAGCUGUCGAGGUUGGUGCUCGUGUUGGUGGCGAGAUCCAAACUCGUACGAGAAUGAACGGCUUUCUGGAUACCAUGAACAAGGAGCUUUUCCAACCUGCGGGUCUGUACGCCAUGAUCUUCAAGUACAAAUCGGACGCGGAGAUGGAGCGAACUGCUUCUGCUGGCGGAGGCUUGCUCUCCAGUUUGAUCCGAACUGAGCAGGUUGAUCUGUCGACCACGCAAUCUAUUGCGAAAUACGGCAAGGGACUGUCUAGCGAGCCCCAACAGAGUUCGACCGCCACUAUGAGCGAUCGCAUGAAGGCCUUACGUGUUGCGAGCGGCGCCACUAGAGGGACUGCAAAUUUCCCCAUGGCCGCGCCACUGGUCUUCCCCGAGAUUGAUUAUAAGCUGGAUCACGAAGGCCCGGAAACGUGGAAGGAUAAAGCGAAGGAUGCCAAGGGUUUUCUCAAUGACUAUAUGGACCGACGGGCUCAGAUGGAAUAUGUGAGUUCUCAAUGCGACACACUGGAGUGAGUAGCGAUACUGACAUGAAGACAAGGAGGCACAAGAUCCCAGCUCGAAGCUUGCAGUCCCAACGUCACAGCAUGCCUUCAAGUCACCUCUAGCAGACCCAAAUCAUCCGAUGUAUUCUGGCGGACUGGUCACGCUUGCAUCUGGUGGAAAGCUCACGCCCCGAUUAGAAAGGCGAGAACGGCGUAGAGAAACGCAUCUUUUGAGAGACACACGCCGAAUCGAACGGGGAAGAGAGCCUCGUCAUGAACGCCGUCGUGCCCGUCGAUACGACGACGAAUAUCACGACGAGCUCUCCGCUAGGACAGGACGAGGGCGCGGUGGUCUGCUCGGAGGGGCCCUACGUGCAAUUGCAAGUUCUCGCGGCCGAGGGAGCGCUUCUAUUGCCACCAGUUGCGCGUCGUCCUCCCAAGAGUACGAAGAUAUGUAUGGUGCCACGCCAGAGCUCAUCGGCGGGAAUUCAGGAAGGGAUCAGGAUCCUCUCGGUGAGCACAUUGGACGAAGUCGGCGCCGAGGUCGUCGUCAGCGUGGAGGACGCCGUGGCGGAAUGGUUAGAAGGGUGUUGAGAGAGGAUGUCCUCUAUUUGAUGGUGGUCAACAUGCCAUCCGAGGAAGAGCUUGCCGAAGCGAGGAGGGAGCUAGCGAGGGCCAAUUGA